AUGGUCGAAGAUAGGAUGCUUGCUCCGCGCACCCCAGGAGCGUUUCCAAGCGCGCCCAUCAGCAUGCAGUCGCCCGCAUCUUUCUUUGGGAAUAGCAUGAUGGAGCUGGCAGCUAUGCCCAGUCUCGCCUCUUCGUCCUCCGCUGCUGCUGUGAGCCCCAGACCGGAUCGAUCCAUGCCACCUCCAAACAGCGUCAGCAGUCGUAGAGCAACCCCUUCGAAUUCUAACAAGGGCACGCCCGAAUGGAGGGGCGAUGACCUUCAAAAACUGCGCAAUAUGGCCUCGGGCGCUUCGGUCACUUCUGUGGAGGGCGAUGAAGACGAUGAUGACGACGAAGAUGAAGAUGAAGAGGAGGAGGAAGAGGAGGAGGAUGAAGGCGAGGAGGGGGACGAAGGAGAGCCAAUGCCAGAAGGGGUCAAUACGGGAGGGCCCAUGUCCUCGCCUGUUGAUGAAGAGGCAGGAAGCGAAGGGGAGGCUGAAGAUGUGCCAGAAGUGAUGACCUACCUGGACGAUCCCAAUUUCUUGCAGAGUCUCUUGCAACCUACGCCCAUGGAUGAUGGAUCUGGUCUGACCCCAGGCGGAACACAUGCAGCGCCCACACCCGGUGCGCAAGCUAUCGACAAGGCUAUAGCUGUGAUUUCCAAUGUGAUGGGUGCACUCACCUCCACUGCGGCAUCGGAGGAAGCUCAAGCGGAGAAUGAGGUGCAAUCUAGGAAACGCACACGUCGCACCACUGCCGGUCACUCUUCCGAUCCUAAUCAGACUCAAGAGGCCAUUCCUGCCUACUUGCAGCCGAUCGUCUUGGAGCAAAUGAAGGUGGUGGCCAACCUCACAGGUCAACCCAUGUCUGCUAGUGGUGACAUUCGGUGGCAAGAUGCUGUCAAUGUCCUCAACACCUUGCUCGACUUGUGCGGAAAGAGGGGCCAAACUACCGGGUCUGCGCUCGGAAACCGCGCAAGCGUGACGUCUUCUUCCGCCGCACCGUGGCAAGCUUCAAUGCCCGGCCCUUUGGGAUGUGUGCAAUGGUCCAGCAACCAGGGCAUGGGCCCUUCUUUGGCAGGUACAUCGAGUAACGCGACUCAAUUUCAGGAGCACACUGCAUUCGAUCCCACAUUCUCAUUCUUGGAUGUACCCUAUGGCGACGAGGAUGACCCUAUGGACCCAGAUUGGAGCGCUGCCGUGCAUGAGUAUGUCUCCAAGAAUAUUCCUAGUACCUCUGCGGCGCGAAGCACAUCCCUGUCCAGGCCUCUGACCCCAUCUCAGCUGCAGAAUCAGGCCACGCCAUUUCCUAUUUCGCACGAUGCCACUGCGCAGUCGCAAAAGGACCAUUAUGCUCUGGAGGCCCGCACAAUGUACACUCCAGCUAGCGGCCACAGUGCGACGCCUCGCAGUAAUCAUGCUCCGGCUCCUCAAGAAGGCAACCCAGCCGCAGGCAUGUCUACUGCUGCCCAGAAUACGCACUCUUUGCCGCGAGAUCUUCAGCGUGUGGUCGAUGGGUCAGCAAAUAUGAACAUGCUUGGAUGUAUGCAACCAGAUCGAUCUGAUCAAGCUGGACGCGAGAACGGGGCUACGGAGACCGCAGCAUCGGUCUUGAACAUCGCCACUGAUUUUACACAACGGCCGAAAGCCGGCCUCCGGCCGCGCGUCGUGGAGAGAAGCGCAUCUCCCGAAACGAGCAGGAAAGGCAAAGCUCGCGAAACGACUUCCGAGUCGCAAGACUUUCCUGUGCUCAUGGACGAGGAGGAGCUCACAAUUGCUCUCAGGGCUAGAGAAGCGGAGAGAAAGAGGCUGGGAAGAGAGCGCGCCAGAGCACGAUUACAAGCAGAAGCGCCAGAGUCCCAGGUGCAAGUUCGAGGGAGACCUGCAUUGUCUCCUGAGAUCAAGCAAGCUAGGAAGAGGGAGCGGAACAGAUUGCAGGCGCAGAGAAGGAGAGAAAAGGCACAAGAGGACGAAAGGAGGCUGUUGCGCAUAGCCAGAGGAGAGGUGGACAUGCCUAAUUUGGGCACGAGGGACGAUGUGGCGGAGUUGAGAGCGGAGAACAGGAUGUUGAGGGCGGAGAUGGAGAGGCUUCGAGAAGAGAAUGCUAGACUCAGAGCGGAUCUGGUCGCGAAUCAAGCGCCGCCAACUCGAUUUGCGGAAAGUGCGAGGAGCCGCUGGACCGACUAUGAGCGUUCUAGGGUGCCUGCUCGUCGAGCACCACCGCAGCACGACUGGCAGAGAGACGUGCGAAGCAGGUCGGGCUACGCUUACAAUGACGCGUACGACCGACGAGACGCGCGAGAGGAUUCGUACUAUGCACCAGGAGCUUAUGAUGAUGAGGCGGAUGAUGGACGGAGCUUCUACGAUGAAGAGGAUGAGGACGAAGAGCAGGAGGAGGAGGAUGAAGAAGGAGAAGAAGAAGAAGAAGGAGAAGGAGGAGAGAGAGGGGAGAGAUAUCUGCAUGGUGAUGCUUCUUCGCUUGUUGCAAGGGCUCAUCACGCCGAUCAGCUCUUCUUGGACGAUCGAUCGCGCUUACGACCACCGAGACCAUCCAAUGGCUAUCGUGCUAAAGUGACCGCUGGCGAACUUCGUUCGGCAGGCCGACAAGUCGGCUCUUCUAGGAGAGCACCACCGGCCAAGCGUCUCAGGAGAGCUGCCUAG